CCCGCCGGGAACUCACCUCCUCAGCCGACUCAGCUCACAACUCACCAGAGACUCGGUGCUUCUUCCAAUGCUGAAGUUCUCCUCAUGGCGUCGCCCACCUCACGAAACCCUGACCCUAACUUCACCAAUUCUCUCCAUCUUUCGCCUUCUUACCCAAUCCCCACCUCUCCCUGACCACAUCCACGACCCCCCAUUCUCCCUUACCUCAAACCCAAAAGACAACGUCCAGAAGAAGAAGAAGAAGAAGAAGAAGGAGAAUGGAGAAUCGAAGAAAGGCCAAACCUUUCCUUUCAAGUCCGAUCUUCCCUUCGAUUUUCGAUACUCCUACUCCGAGGCCAAUCCUUCAGUCCACCCGAUUGGAUUUCGCGAACCGCCUCGGUUUUCUCCGUUCGGCCCUGCUCGGCUAGACCGGAAAUGGACUGGAACUGCGGCCCCCGCCGAGGAGGUGGUUGAUCCGGCGGUGGUGUCGGAGCAGCGGAAGGCGGUUCUUGGAGAGCCUCUAUCCGAGGAUGAAAUUGCAGAACUUGUGGAGCGGUAUAGGCACAGUGAUUGCUCUCGCCAGAUCAAUCUAGGGAAAGGGGGAGUUACUCACAAUAUGUUGGAUGACAUUCACAACCACUGGAAGAGGGCAGAGGCUGUGAGAAUCAAGUGUUUGGGGGUGCCAACUCUUGACAUGGAAAAUGUUUGUUUCCACCUUGAGGACAAAUGUGGUGGGAAGAUUAUAUACAGGAACAUAAAUAUCAUUCUUUUAUAUCGGGGUCGGAACUAUGAUCCCAAGAACAGACCAGUUGUUCCUCUGAUGCUGUGGAAGCCCUAUGCACCCAUUUAUCCCAAGCUUGUGAAGCCUGUUGCUGAUGGCCUAACAUUUGAAGAGACCAAGGAAAUGAGAAACAGAGGACUGAACUCGCCCCCUGUAAUGAAACUCACCAAAAAUGGUGUCUAUGUGAAUGUAGUGGAGAGAGUGAGGGAGGCAUUCAGGAGUGAGGAGGUUGUGAGACUAGAUUGUACUCAUGUGGGCAGCAGUGACUGCAAAAGGAUCGGUGUGAAGUUGAGGGAUUUGGUACCUUGUGUCCCUAUUUUGUUCAAGGAUGAGCAGAUUAUACUAUGGAAGGGGAAGAAUGGUGAGGAACAUGACUCUCAACACUGAUGGAACUAACGAGUUCUUAAAUGGUAAAUGAGAAUCAUUUCUGAGGCAGUUCUAGAACUGAAAGACAGGCACAGAACUUGGCAUUCUUCUAGUCAGCUCUUGCAUAUUCAGUGAAUUCAUUUGUCUUCUCGACAUACUCAGCAGGUCAAGAGAGCAAGCACGUUUACACGGUUAGAUGUGCAGGUCUUCUGGAAUAUGUCGCUGGAUUUGUCCUAUUUGCACGAUUUGAAGAUCAAACCAAAGAAAUUAGUGCAUCAAUUCUAGACCCCAUGGUUUUGAAUAAGCAUGCAAAGCCAACAAAUUUGUGAGCGCAGCAUGGCCAGUAUGUUGGCCUGAAUUAGAUGAAUGAAGAUGUAAAACCUGAUCACCAACGAAUGUAAACCCUACUGGUCAUUUUUCUAACUACUUGUUUUGACAGUUCAAUUUGAAUUCAAUUGGAUGAUGAAAAUUUUUGAAUCCUA